AAAGAUUGUCCAAAAUGGAAAAUGAAAUGGACUGCUGCUGAUAAGUGGUAGUGUACAGUAUAUUCUUGGAUUAAGCAGGUUUUGCUAUUAACAAUCGCUAUUAAAUAAUCUAUUUUAAGUUACGUGUUUUAUUAAAAAGUUUAAAUAAGAAAAUGAUUGUUAAUAUUUGCCAUUGUGUCUCUAAUGUGCCCUUUUCAUUAUUAUGAAAAUGUGUCAGCGUUCAUCAACAAAUGGUGUAAAACGCGAGUGCUUAGUAGUCAUGUAAAUGAGGUUAGAACUGUUGAUGAUAACUGAAAGUGGACUACGGAUUUAGAUUAGUGUUUGUGCAGUGAUUUAGUGUUUUAGUCUGGUGAAGGUGUUAAUUCAGACUCAAAAUGGCGGAUCUCGAAGCUGUCCUGGCGGACGUCAGCUAUUUGAUGGCAAUGGAAAAGUCUAAAUGUACCCCAGCAGCCAGAGCAAGCAAAAAGAUUGUUCUACCUGACCCAAGUGUACGGAGUGUUAUGCACAAAUAUAUGGAAAAGAAAAAUGAAGUUAAUUUUGACAAAAUAUUCAAUCAAGUCUUAGGUUAUUUAUUAUUUAAGGAAUUCUGUGAACAAACGUCAGAAGAACCAGUGCCACAAUUAAAGUUUUACGAGGAGAUCAAAUUAUAUGAAAAGCAAGAAUGCGUGGAGGAGAGGCGGCGGAUCGCAAGAGACAUUUACGAUAAUUUUAUUAUGAAAGAACUCCUUGCUCAUUCCCACGAUUAUUCUAAAGAGUGUGUAGCGCACGUACAGAAAUAUCUAUUGAAACACGAUGUACCACCGAACCUAUUUGAGCCAUACAUUGAAGAGAUAUUUCAACAUUUGAGAGGGGAGCCAUUCAAAAGUUUUCUAGAAAGCGACAAAUACACGAGGUUUUGCCAAUGGAAGAAUUUGGAGCUGAACAUACAACUAACGAUGAAUGACUUCAGCGUACAUCGCAUUAUCGGCCGAGGAGGCUUCGGUGAAGUGUACGGAUGCAGGAAAGCUGACACAGGAAAAAUGUACGCAAUGAAAUGUCUCGACAAGAAACGUAUAAAGAUGAAGCAAGGUGAAACCCUCGCGCUCAACGAGCGGAUUAUGCUCUCACUAGUCAGUACCGGGGUGGACUGCCCAUUCAUAGUGUGUAUGACGUACGCCUUCCAUACACCAGACAAGCUUUGUUUCAUAUUGGAUCUCAUGAAUGGUGGAGAUCUUCAUUAUCAUCUGUCGCAGCACGGCGUCUUCAAUGAGGCUGAAAUGAAGUUUUACGCCGCUGAAGUUAUAUUAGGACUCGAGCAUAUGCACAAACGCCAUAUCGUGUACAGAGAUUUGAAGCCUGCCAACAUCUUACUGGAUGAGCACGGUCACGUCAGGAUAUCGGACUUGGGUCUCGCCUGUGAUUUCUCGAAGAAGAAACCUCACGCCAGUGUCGGUACCCACGGCUACAUGGCCCCCGAAGUGCUGUCGAAGGGCACGGGCUACGACUCGUCGGCUGACUGGUUCAGCUUCGGGUGCAUGCUUUACAAACUGCUCAAAGGCCACUCGCCCUUCCGCCAACACAAGACCAAGGACAAACACGAGAUCGAUCGGAUGACCUUGACCAUGAAAUAUAAUGUUCACCAGAACGUGGAACUGCCGGAGUCUUUCAGUCCGAGUCUGAAGAGUCUGCUCGAAGGUCUGCUGCAGAGGGACAUCAACAAGAGACUCGGGUGCAAGGGCAAAGGGGCGGACGAAGUGAAAGAGCACGUGUUCUUCGCCGGAAUCGAUUGGCAACAAGUGUACCACCAAAAAUACACUCCGCCCCUCAUCCCGCCCAGGGGCGAGGUCAACGCCGCCGACGCCUUCGACAUCGGCAGCUUCGACGAGGAGGACACUAAGGGAAUCAAGCUCACCGAAUCGGACCAAGCGCAGUACAAGGACUUUCCCCUGGUCAUAUCCGAACGCUGGCAGAGCGAAGUGGCCGAGACAGUGUUCGAAACUGUCAACCAGGAGGCUGAUAAAAUGGAGAUGAAGAAGAAAUCCAAGCAGAAACAGAAGUUCGACGCGGACGAGAAAGAAUCCGAUUGCAUACUCCACGGCUACAUCAAGAAGUUGGGCGGACCGUUCGCCAGCGCGUGGCAGACUCGAUACGCCAAACUGUACCCUAAUCGUCUCGAGCUGCACUUGGAAAACAGCGCUAAGCCGGAAAUGAUACUGCUGGACAUAGUCGAGGAGGUCUCCUCCGACCUCGUCUCCGUGAAGGGAGAGCAGUGCAUCGUCCUCAGGACCAGAAACGACACGAAGAUCGUGCUCACCAACACGGACGAAAUAGGCCUCAAGGAGUGGGCGACUUCGCUUCGCUCCGCCCACAAGUGCUCCCAGGAGCUGCUCGCCUCGAUGGCGAAGAAGGCCGGCAAGAUAUACGGCACCGACGGGGCGAAAGAGCCGGCCUCCGGGCGGCCCCCUCCGGCGGCGUCGCCGGCCCUCGCGAGAGCCCCCAACGGGAACAACUAGCACGAGCUUCCCGCGCCCAACAAGGGCGCGAAGAUGUUCCGCCGCUCCAAGAGCGCCGCCCAACUCAUCAAGUGAACCGACCCUCGACUCGUCUCGGUGGAGUCGAGCGUUCACCGAAAGCGUCGAGCGACAGUCGGGCCACGGAGUCGGAGCUCCGAACCGCGGUGACAAUCGAACUGCCGAGUUCUACCGAGCGAGUGCGGCGCGUGCGCAUCCUCCGCCGAAGGCGAAGGCGCUCCGUCUCUUCGAUAUUUCGUAUUCAUUCGCACGGACUCGAAACUCUGUAAUCACUGUGACCUUCUGGAUGUCGUAUUAACUCUGUGGGUAGGGUAGGUAUUGUAAAGUUAUAUAUAAACGGUUAACGCGACGUUAAUCGGACGUAGCGUUCACGCGCGUCUCGUGCAAUAGAUUGAUCCCACUCGUGACGAACGAUUGGACGGCGACGGCGAAUGCUGCGGUCGCUUCGCCGACUCUCGCACGUAGGGUAUCGUAUAGAUCUAAAUUAUUCUACUCAAUUUAUUUUAUGUCGGACGGCUCUCUCUCUCUCUCGGCGCGAGUGAUUUAUUAAUAAAAAGUUCCUUUGAUGUGUGAGUGACAGCCCUGUACUAUUUAUUAAUAUUAUUUUGUACUUAAACUUCCCUUCGGGUCGACGCUCGCCACGCGUUAAGUUUCGUCGUUAUCUAUUUAAGUUAGAGCUCGACGCGAGGAGGUGGACCUUUUUAUAUUCGGACGGAUCUUCUAACGACGGGGACGCUGAUGCAAGUUUUACGUUCACGCUCGGAUCGCGUCGCGACGGACCGUUCUCACCGAGGGCGAACUGAUGCAGAUUUAGUUAGAGAGCGCGACGAUGUAAAUAUUUAUCUUUUAGCCGUCGGAGCUUUCACUUUUCUAUAUUUAUAACGUGAUAGUGCGAAAUACAUUUACUAAGAUUUCGCAAACAUGUUCCGCCGCGUGCGCGUGCUCCGGUGGGCCGACCUCGUCGCACCUCUCUCACUCGUAACUUACCGAUUUCUGAAGAACAGUUUUGUACGGUGGGACCACGUCCCCGUUGUUGUGUUGUAGUGUGUACUUUUAUUCUUUGUAAAUUUUCAAAUUUGUUAUUAGAAACUUAAUAAAGUUACUGAAUAGAGUAGAAUUAGAUUCUAGUCAAUUAAAUGUACGAUACUGAACCUGUUGGAUUAGGGUGAAAUUAAAGUUUAGAGGUGCAUGUGUAAGCAGUAUUAUAGGUUAGUUGAAUUGUCAGCCCGUUGUGAUAAUUUCUCGUAUUCUGCGGACACUUAGUCGUUUACGUACAUUGCUUGUAAAAUUUAAUUUGAAUCGAUUUUCGUAAAAAAAUUAAUAAUGUAAAUACUGCAAUUCUUUACAUUCCUAGAUCACAGAUGUGUACGAACGAAAUGAAUUUACUUAAGAGUAUCCCUCGCGCUCGGACGUCGCCCUUCAGUCGGGGCGAAGGGCUAAAUCUGCAUCAGACGUUGAGUCGCCGUAGACACCUCUGUUAGAUAUUUUUAUUGUGAACCUACAUUGUAUGUAGUAAAUUGUUUAUUUAAUCAA